AUGGCCGAACCAACAACCCAACGCCACCAAAUCCACACCCAACACUGCCGCUUCUGCAACCACCUCCUACUAGCAACAACACGCGACAUACCAACCCUCCCGCGACGCAGCGGCGAAGGCAAAGACAACGCCCUGAUCCUCCCACUACAGCGCACCAACGAAAGCGAACUAGAAGCCGAGCUGGAAGCCGAAACGCAAUCCACUUCCAAUUCCAAUUCCAAUUCGACUCAAGGUCAAGCUCAAACGGGCAAAACUAGACAGUCCUCCAACCAUACGACCCUCCUUCUCGCAACUACGAUUCCAGAUCGGCGUGCGACGCUUAUUAGACGUGAAGAUGGGAUUGAGAAGAGGGUUUUGUUGAGGUGUGGACGGUGUCGGGUUGUCGUGGGGUAUUAUUUGGAUGAGGUGCAUUAUGCUACUGCUGUCACUGGUGGACAGGAAGAAGGGGAGAGGCCGCGGGCUGUUUAUCUUCUUCCUGGGUCUUUGGUAGGGACUGAAGGGAUGGGAGGUGAGGGGGUUGGAGAGGGAGAAUGGAGGGAAUGGAUUGUUUAG